AUGCACGAGCCGACGCAUCUAGCCAUCUUCCGCUCAGGCGCCCCCGGCGCGCCAUUUGCCUUCGAGCCAGCCUACUCGCACGCGCUGAGUGUUCCUCCCGUAGGCAGAUUCCUCAAAUCCGCCAUCCAUGUGACGGAGGACGAGCCGUGGGGACCACCAAAGCCCGACCCCGAGAUCAUGGCGCUCAAAGUCGACCCGCGACCCAACAACUACGCCGCUCUGAACCGGGCUAAUAAGCGGGAAGUGGACCUCAUCCUGGCCGAGAUGAAGAGAGCGAUCAAGGCCAAGCAGAAGGCCGAGGUUGAGCGAGCGAAGAAGGCUGCGGCACUCAAGAAGAUUUCGGAUCGAGAGAAGGACAAAGAGAAGCGAGCUGCUGAGAAGGACGCGGCGAAGAAACGUAAAGUGGCGGAGAAGGCGCACUUGAAAGCCCUCAAAGAAAGCAAACGGACGGCCAAGGCGCAGUAUACCAGCGCCUCUCGCGAGACGGGGAUACCGCCCGAGUUCUGGUUCCCUUAUCCGCCAAUGUGUGCAUAUCGCCGUCCCCUGGCCAGUGGCGACGGGUGGCCGCUGAUGAGUCGCACUAUGACGCAGGCAAUACACGAUUUCGAGUACGAGGACCGCCUGAUACGCACUGCGAACGGGCAGCUCGUCGGCUUCUUCUAG